GGAUUUUUCAAUGACGAAUCGGUAUUAAUAUUGAAGGUUGCCAUUAUAAGAAAAUUACUUUUUAGUUACUAACGACUUUUGGUUUUAAUUUUAAACUUAUUUUCAAUUUUUUUCAGUAAUUUCUUAUGAAUAUUAUCGUGUAUUUCAUUAAAUUAUUUAAUUACCUUUUCUUUUAUUUCCAUCAUUAGAAUAAUCAGCACCGCCAUCUAGUACCGAACACACAUAACUGCAUGUAACAAUUACGUCGUGUUCGCCACUUGACACGCACACAAUCGCGACUAUUUCGCGCAUAGAAAAAGUCUAUUCGAAAUUGGUCCUGUCGUCGCCAUUUUGAUGGUGUGUGACUAAAACCAGGCUUUUCUAAGGUUUUCUCACGCGAGUUUGCAGAGUUUAUCGGCGUUCGGGUCUCCGAGGACGUCUAGAUAGUAGUGAUUUCGUUUUCAUAAAGGCAAUGCGUAAAAUACAGUGAGAAUGGAGUCCGUAGCUGCAUUCAAUUCGGAGCUCUCGGGUCUGUACGACUCGAAGCCGCCGAUAUCAAAAGCGAAAAUGGCAUCAAUCACCCGUGCUGCGAUGAAGGCUAUAAAGUUCUACAAGCACGUCGUGCAGAGUGUGGAGAAGUUCAUUCUGAAGUGCAAGCCGGAAUACAAGAUCCCAGGGCUGUACGUCAUCGAUUCGAUCGUGCGUCAAUCGCGGCACCAGUUCGGUCCAGAGAAGGAUGUGUUUGCACCCCGUUUCGCGCGUAACAUCAAGCAGACCUUCGCCAACUUGUUCCGGUGUUCGCCCGAGGAUAAAAGCCGAAUUAUACGAGUCCUGAAUCUUUGGCAGAAGAACAGUGUGUUCGCGCCGGAAGUCAUCCAACCAUUGUUCGACUUGGCUGAUCCAAACAAUCCAAUCUACCAGACUCUGCCUCCUGUGAAUUCUUCCAUGGAUAUUUCGACCAGUUCAAAUGGAUUAAAUACGUCAGGCGAUGGGAGCUCGCAUGAUGUUGAGGACUCGCAUUCGAAAAGUGUAGAUUUAACAGCAGCGAGUGGCCACCAAAAGGCAAAUACUCUUGACCAAAGCACAAUCCGUCAACUACAACAACUUCAACAAAUUCUCAUGCGGCAAACGAAUGAGGCCAUGGCGUCGGGUGUUGGUGGUGGUAGUUGCACGGGUUCCAAUCAACCCGAUUCAGUCAAAUUUAACAAAAAGCUUCUCGAUUAUGAUUACGGGGAUGAGGAAGAAGAGGAUAAAACUACUUCUCCGCACAUUCCAAACCUUCUAGAUGGUAAUAAUUUGACGCAACUUCUGAAGGAUCCGAAUGUAUUGAGACAGUUGCAGACACUGCAGAAACUAAAGCAGCAAGAAGAGAAACAAAACAAAUUAAAUGAGAUGCGAUUACAAGAAGAGGCAUUCGAAAAACACUUGCAAAAUGUGUUGAAGGGAAACAGCGGUGUUUCUGGCAUGCAGUCAGUUGGCGAAGGUGGCGAAAAGGAAGUCGAGUUCAUUUCAAAUGAUGGAAGCAAAAUAGAGGUUAUAAAUCUGGAUGGGAAUGAUUCACGUAGUCCAACACCGGAUCGCGAUCGUUACAAUAAACGAAGACGAAGCAGUCGAUCACGAUCGCCAAGAGACGGACGGGGACGUGAUCGAAGACGUCGAUCAUCGAGAUCGCGAUCACGUUCGCCACGAUCUCGAUCACGAGGUGGUAGUCGAUCACCGCGCUCCAACCGUCGCCGAGGCUCCCGUGAGCGCGACCGUGGCAAAGACAAGGAACGUGAGAAGGAAAAGGACAAGGAAAAGGAAUAUGAACGCGAAAGACGACGAAAAGGGUUACCGGAUAUCAAAAAAGAACAUUUAAGUGUAUGCAGCACAACAUUGUGGGUGGGACAUCUUUCAAAGCUUGUACAACAGGAAGAGCUAUCCGAUACAUUUGGCAAAUAUGGAGAUAUUGUUAGUAUCGAUAUGAUUCAUCCACGUGGCUGCGCAUUUAUUGUGAUGAAUCGACGCCAAGACGCCCACAAAGCGAUGGGUGGACUGAAAAAUUAUAAAAUGCAAGGCAGAGCCAUAACAAUCUCUUGGGCAGCUGGAAAAGGUGUUAAAAGUAAGGAAUGGAAGGACUAUUGGGAUCUGGAUCUAGGCGUUAGUUACAUACCGUGGAACCGAUUGAGUGUUGAUACAGACCUUACAUCACUCGAGGAGGGAGGAAUGUUCGAUGAGGAUUCUAUGCCUGAUUGGAUGAAAGACAAACUGAAUCAGAAGAAAGAUGUGAAAGAUAAGGCCCUAACAGGAGGUAUUUUCGGUAUAGAAGGUCUACCCUCCGUAGAUACUUCUCAACCACCUCCAAAUGCAGGUGCAAUGAUGCCCGGUGUACCCAUGGUACCACCAUUCUCCAUUGGUCCAGUGCCACGCUUAAUGCCCCCAAUGGGCGUUCCACUUCCGGGUAAUAUGGUUCCAGGGAUGGUGCCCGGAAUUCCGAUGCCCCCCAAUGUUGUCACUGGUAUGCCUCCACCGCAUAUGUUACCACCUGGCGGAAUGAUGCCUGGCUUUGGACCAAUACCUCCUCCAAUGGACAAAACUAUACCGCCCCCUAAUGCCGGGCCUUCUGACAAUGCUCCAAUGCCAUUUAUGGGUAAUAUGGGAAUUCCACCAAUGCAACAUCAACCUCCAUUUUCCGCCCUUGGUAUGCCACCGCAAUUCAACCAGCAGCAAGCAAAUCAACUAGCUUCUUCCAAUAUUGGUAAUCAAAACGAUGACCAUAUGGACAUUGAAAUGGAGGACGAAGUUCCUAUGAACCCAAAGCCUCCCACCACAAUAAACUUUAACCAACCUCCGCCUCUGUUUCAACCGCCUAACUUCAAUAUGCCAGAUAUGCCGGGUAUGGGCAAUGAUCGCAAGAACGACCAAGAUAGUUCUAUUGGUCGGGAUAAUAAUCAUCGUGAACGCAAUGAAUUCCCUAAUCAACGUGAACGUGGGUCGCGAUGGGGAAAUGAACGUAGCCUAUCUCGAGAGCGUGAUAUGCCACCACGUGAUAGGAAUGACAACAUGAAUGAAGGUCGGCCAGAUUUUAAUAGACGUGGCCCUCAUGAACAGAUGAAUGAAAAUCCACCUCAGAUAUGGCGAGAAAAUGGGCCAGGUCCAAACUUUCAACAUCCUAAUUUCGGAGAUAGACGGGGUCCGGGAGGACCAGGUGGACCUAAUAUACUUGGAAUGGAUAUGCAAAACGCACCACCACAUCAUCGACCUCCUCAUGAAUUUUUCGAUGGUAGGCGAGAAGAUUUUGGAAUGGAUGAUAGGCGAGGAAAUGGACAACAACGUGAUUUCUUCCAAAAUCAAGGAAAUCGAUUCGCACCACAACAAAUGGGCCCUGGGAUGGGUCGGGGAGCCCAGAUGCCGAUGAGAGGAGGUCCACCCCAGCCUCCGUUUGGACCAAGAUUAGGACCGAUGUUUAUUCGUGGACCAGCUCGACCAGGACCACCAGGUUUCAACUUUGGAAACGAUCGUCCCCCAUUUGAACGUGACGAUAGGGGUGGAGGUAGCGGUAAUAAUGGCGGUAGGAUGCGUGGCGGCAACAACAACAUGGAUAGGCGACAGGGCAAUUGGCGUGAUGAUGACGAAGGCAGGCGUGGAAAUAGAUUCCAUAAUAGAGAUCGUGACAACGACCGCAAUCGUGAUGAACCCAAAGGCCGCGACCGACAUGAUCGCGACAACAGAGAUCAUAGUUGGAAUGAUCGGAAAAAUGAACGAAAAGUUACUCCACCUCCUCCUCCCACGCAUGGCCGCAUCAAAAGUUUUGGUGAUACUGAAGAAGAUUGGGAUAAGGAACUGGUUGAUCACAGCGAGUCACCACCAGCAGCGCCUACCUCUCAACGGGGCAAUAAGAGAUCUGAAUCCAAGUCCGAGAAAAAAUCCAGUUUGGAUACCGAAGAAGAUUGGGAUGAAGAGCUGGUGGAACACAAAGUAACUGAUGAUCACAAAACUUCCUCGGAUAACACACAUCAAGAAACAGCGCCAAGCGAUACAAAUAAUCAGGAUCAACCUCAGGUGCCCGAACAGCCCCCGAACAAUGAAGAUAAGCAAGUUAGCAUAAAUAAAUUUACAGAGGAACCUAAGGUUGAUAUUCCUGAUAAACCAGCGGUUCCUGUGCCAGAACCACAGUCAGAGAAUACAACCAAACCAGAAGAACAACCAGCCACAAGUGAAGAGCCAGGCGAAGUAGCCGCAACCGAAGCAAGCACAAGUUAAAUGUUCCAUCCACGCAUAAGAUACUCUUCGUAGCGGAGCUCAUUCAUUCAGGACAGUCCAUUUCUACACUUAAGAGAGUGGAACUAGGGUUGCUGAUUAUCCUAUAUAGGGAAUACUCCACAUUAAGACUACCCGUUAUAAUGAACAGUUUUAUCCUUUAUGUAUAUACACUGAACUAAAUUGCUGAGCUCUUCGUCAGAUUCAAUGGAGCACGAUUCGUUAUGUCUACAUAUUUUGAGUCUGAUUGCUCCUAAACCUUCGCAAAUUAUUCUUGGCAAAUUAUGUAUAUGUAUAUUCUUUCCAAACCACUGGAAAACUACUUUAAUAUUUGUUAUCAUAUUCUAUUAUUCCGUGAGAUUUUUGCGUUGUUUGAUUAAGGCGGCAAGCAAAUAACAUUCAUAUAAGUCACAUAAUAUAUUCAAGCGGCAUAGAGCAAAUUAGAGAUGGCACGUAUCACCGUGAAUAAUGUGUAUGAAAUUGACCUCAGCGACCUAAAUUAAUAUCCAUCAUGAAGAAGUUUAGUUGUCAAAAGAGGCCAUCCCUGUUUAAGCAAUUUUUCAACUCACUGAUUCCGACAAAUCACGUACGCGCAUUAAUAUUAUAAUCAUAAUGGUAACUAGAUGGAAGUAGCAUCCUUCGAUGGGCAUAUACACGUAUAUAGUUUAUAUAUACAUUUCAUUUAUCUUAUUUCAAGUGGACUUUUGAAUAAAACGAAAAUAAGUGAAUUUCAUAGUAGUGUUAACAUACCAAGUCUUUUAUCGCUUAGAUAUAAUCAUUUUUAUCCCUAACACAUUGAGAACAAUUGUCAAGUGGGCUGUACAUGGUACAUUGGUUUUGCCGAUGAUUAUACAUUAUAAAUAAAUGAAACAACAAAUUAAGGAAAUAUUAUUCGUAGUUAAUUUUUGAUUGUAAAAUGCAAUUAUAACGAUCUGCAUUAAGUAAAAUAGAAUAUUUUCAAAAUA